AUGAAAGGUAAGUACUGCCAAAAGGAAAGCUCUCGUAUUCCAAGGAUCACUCAGUGGACAUGCAAUAGUCAACCUACUUUCAAAGUUUUGAAGACUACUAUCUUUGAUGUUUCCAAAGAUAAAGUAUAUCUGUUUGUUGUAAUUUGUUUCAAGUUCGACACCGACUACAACUCUUACAAGAGUCUUCCUCUUCCCGAAGAGCCAACUGUUGCUCAGAGUGACAUUUCUGUCAAGCUUGAUGCCUUUUCUGAGAAAUUUCAUGGGUUGGAGGUCAAGAUCGAUUCGUUGCAUACUUCCCAACAGAAGAUUUCAUCUGAUUUGGUUGAGUUGAAAGAGUUUGUGUCUGCACAGUUUGUUUCUUUUGGUGCUCAGAUGGCUUCAAUGCAGACACAGUUUUCUACUGUUUUUGCCGAUUCCUAUGCCAAGGAAAAAGGCAGUGACUCUUCCAAUGAUGAUGAUGGAGGUGGUGAUGAAGCAGAUUUUGAUUUAAAUGAAUCUGAAGAAACUGAUGAAAAUGAAGAAGAGAAUGUUAUGGGUGAUGAAGAAGGGGAGGGUAGUGAAGGUGAAGAGAAGGAUGGUCAAGCCGAUGAAGAUUCUGACUCAAAAGAAAAAAAUGAUAAUGGCAGUGAUGAUGAAUCCACUGAUAGUGAGGAGAAGGUAGAUAAGUAGACAAUGUAACUAGGUUUUAGUUACUUUGUGUGGUUUAUUUUGUUGUAAGUCCGUUUUAGGUAGUGCUCUUGUAAUUCUAUGUUAUUGUUAUGUCUCUUGUUAUGUUUUAUUUUUCAGAAAUUUGCAACUA